UGUUGUUGCGGAGCUAAGUUUAGAGUCGGGCAGGAUGCGGAUGGAACGACGGAGCGGAGAGCAGAAAAUAUUAACUGGAAAAAAACACAGGGAAAAAAUGAACAAUAGCAAAUGAACAUUAAAAACCGAUAAUCCGGUCGCCCGUUACCAUGUGAACUGUUUCUUUAUUUUUGUUUAUUUUUUUUUCCACAUUUUCUGUCACCUUUUCGCCUGAAGUUUCCUCUCCCUGGUUUACCUCCUCGCUUGAAAUCUCGCGAGAGGCUGCGAGGGAUUCGGUAAAGUUGAACAUGGCGUCCAAUCUGUUAAAGAAUAAAGGCUCCCUCCAGUUUGAGGACAAAUGGGACCUUAUGCGGCCCAUUGUUCUAAAGCUGUUACGGCAGGAAUCUGUGACAAAGCAGCAAUGGUUUGACCUAUUUUCAGAUGUUCAUGCUGUCUGUCUCUGGGAUGAUAAGGGCCCAGCAAAAAUUCAUCAGGCUCUCAAAGAAGACAUUCUAGAUUUUAUCAAACAAGCUCAAGCUAGGGUGCUGAGUCACCAGGAUGACACUGCUUUACUGAAAGCCUAUAUUGCAGAAUGGCGGAAAUUCUUCACACAGUGCGAUAUCUUGCCCAAACCGUUCUGCCAAUUAGAGAUAACUUUAAUGGGCAAACAGGGCAGUAAUAAGAAAUCCAAUGUAGAGGACAGUAUUGUGAGAAAGCUUAUGCUCGAUACCUGGAAUGAGUCAAUCUUCUCAAAUAUUAAGAAUCGCCUUCAAGAUAGUGCUAUGAAGUUAGUUCAUGCUGAAAGACUAGGAGAAGCUUUUGAUUCACAGUUGGUCAUUGGUGUCAGAGAAUCAUAUGUCAACCUAUGUUCUAACCCAGAAGACAAGCUUCAAAUUUAUCGUGAUAAUUUUGAAAAGGCUUAUUUAGAUUCAACGGAGCGGUUCUACAGGACACAGGCCCCAUCUUACUUGCAACAAAAUGGUGUACAAAAUUACAUGAAAUAUGCAGAUGCUAAAUUAAAAGAGGAGGAGAAGAGGGCACUUCGAUAUUUAGAAACUAGACGAGAAUGCAACUCUGUUCAGGCUCUCAUGGAGUGCUGUGUGAAUGCCCUGGUGACUUCAUUUAAGGAGACUAUUCUAGCUGAAUGCCCAGGCAUGAUCAAACGUAAUGAGACAGAUAAGCUACACUUGAUGUUUACACUGAUGGAUAAAGUUCCAAAUGGGAUUGAGCCAAUGUUAAAAGAUUUGGAAGAACACAUUAUUAGUGCUGGAUUAGCAGAUAUGGUGGCAGCUGCAGAAACUAUCACUACUGAUUCUGAAAAAUAUGUAGAGCAGUUGCUUACGUUGUUUAAUCGAUUUAGUAAAUUGGUAAAAGAAGCAUUUCAGGAUGACCCUCGCUUUCUUACUGCUAGAGAUAAAGCAUAUAAAGCAGUUGUGAAUGAUGCUACCAUAUUUAAACUUGAACUGCCAUUGAAGCAAAAAGGAGUUGGGUUGAAAACUCAGCCUGAAUCGAAAUGCCCAGAACUACUAGCAAAUUACUGUGACAUGUUACUAAGAAAAACACCACUUAGUAAGAAGCUUACUUCAGAAGAAAUUGAAGCAAAGUUAAAAGAAGUGCUACUUGUGCUGAAGUAUGUGCAAAACAAAGAUGUCUUUAUGCGAUAUCAUAAAGCUCAUCUGACGAGGCGUUUAAUCCUGGAUAUAUCGGCUGACAGCGAGAUAGAAGAAAAUAUGGUGGAAUGGCUUAGAGAAGUAGGCAUGCCUGCUGACUACGUGAACAAGUUGGCCAGAAUGUUCCAGGAUAUUAAAGUGUCUGAAGACCUGAACCAGGUUUUCAAAGAAAUGCACAAAAACAAUAAGUUGGCCUUACCAGCGGACUCUGUGAAUAUCAAAAUUUUAAAUGCUGGUGCCUGGUCACGAAGUUCAGAGAAAGUUUUUGUUUCUCUACCAACUGAACUAGAAGAUCUUAUUCCUGAGGUGGAGGAAUUCUACAAAAAAAACCACAGUGGUAGAAAGUUGCAUUGGCAUCACCUCAUGUCUAAUGGAAUUAUAACUUUCAAAAAUGAGGUUGGCCAGUAUGAUUUAGAGGUUACUACAUUUCAGUUGGCAGUACUGUUUGCCUGGAACCAAAGACCGAGAGAAAAGAUUAGUUUUGAAAAUCUAAAAUUAGCAACUGAACUUCCAGAUGCAGAACUUAGGAGGACAUUAUGGUCACUUGUAGCUUUUCCAAAAUUGAAACGUCAGGUUUUACUCCAUGAACCUCAGGUCAGCUCACCCAAAGAUUUCACAGAAGGCACUCUUUUCUCUGUCAAUCAGGACUUCUCUUUAAUCAAGAACAGCAAAGUUCAGAAGAGGGGAAAGAUUAAUUUAAUUGGAAGAUUACAGCUAACCACAGAGAGAAUGAGAGAAGAAGAAAAUGAAGGAAUAGUCCAGCUGAGAAUAUUACGCACGCAGGAAGCGAUCAUACAAAUCAUGAAGAUGCGGAAAAAAAUCACAAAUGCUCAACUCCAGACAGAACUUGUAGAAAUAUUGAAAAAUAUGUUUUUGCCACAGAAAAAAAUGAUCAAAGAACAAAUUGAAUGGCUGAUAGAGCACAAAUAUAUUAGAAGGGAUGAGUCGGACAUAAACACUUUCAUUUAUAUGGCAUAGUGACGGUGUAAGAGAACAAUGCCAGAAAUUGGAAAGAGUCCCAUUUUGUCUUUGCAGACUUUGAAAGAGGUAGCUGAAGAGUGACUACAAUUCAAAGAUUUAUUCAGUUGCAUUAUUAAGUCCCUGCCUUACUGUAUGACAGAUGAAUAAUAUUUACCAAUUUCAUCCACUUAGCAUUUACCUGCCUUUGUGUAGUUCACUUUUGACAGCAUGCUGUUUUGUGGGAGUACUGAAUUCAUCAGAACCUGCUAUGCUUUCUUUGGCCCUAUUUUCACUUGUUCUGUACCAGAGUUAAAUAUAUUUUUUUUUCCAGACACAAUUAAACCAGUGAAUAUAGGACUUUAAAUUUUCAUGCACUGGGGAAAAUACUUGAGUCAUUUUAUAUUACAAAAUAGUGUUAGGAGCAGCAGUUUUACUUUUCUGAUUAUACCAGGUGCUGUCAUUUAGUACAGACUGGCCUGAUACGAUUUUUGUAACCUGUUGCACACUUGAAAUGUUUAAUAUUACUCUGGCUUUGGUGGUUCUCUAAUGGGCUUGGCAGCCAUGGUAAUGUUAGGAGUUGUCCAUAUCAAGUAAUUAUAAUGCUACUUUAAUUUACUAGUUGCAACCUGAAUUCAGAGGUUGGUUGUCAUUCAAGCUGGUCACUCAGGCCUGUCACAGUUGGGGUCAAUUUUUCACACUUUCUGCCAUCCCAUAGGAGCGCCUUGAGUUCGCAAAGGUCACAACAAGUCUGGUGCAGAGGAGAGGAAAGGAUAUAAAAACUUUAUUUGGAAGUUUCCCGAAGACCUAUUGGUCUUCCAUCAUAAUACCAAGCCAUACAGAUCAUAAGGUACCAGGUUUUAUUUGCAGGCUAUGCUGUUAGGUUUUCUCAAUAGGGGCAUCAGUUACUAUAAUUGGUCUGGCAUUUUGUAUUGUCCUGAGACAGCUGAGAACCUAGGUACAGAUAACCAUUUGUAUGAAAUUACAUUUCUUUCAGUGUAAGUGAUAAAAUGUAGAAUUAACAUACUGUUUAUAGUUUCCUGGACUAGGAAAAUAAGGUAAGGUUCUUGACUGUUACCCACUAUUUCCACCUGGAAAGAAUGCAAUGGGUGAGAACAGGAACAGGCCCGGUUGCAAUGCCCUACACAGUUAAAUUGCCUCAUGCAAUUUAGGCUCAUGUGAAGAUAACCAUUUGGGUGAAGAACAGUGGUGCUGUCAGCUCCAGUGGAACUGUAUCCCAUCAAGAAUUGAUGCCUUCAGAAGAGGAAGGAGAGAACAGUUGAGGAUGAAAAACCUAUAGUCCGUUUUACCUCCUUGCAUCCAAUCUGACAGACUGGUAAUGUUAGUGGAGAUGUCUGUAACCUGACCUUACCCCAUUUUCUUUGCUGGAAGUCAGUCCUAGAUGAAGAGUGUCUGAAAAAAUGUUGGGCAGAAGAGGAGAAAUGAUAACAGACUGAAUGUGUAUCUGCUUUUGUGAUGGUGGCUGUUUACAUGUAAGAGAACUGAUUCAUGCAACUGUCGCUGGGAUUUAGUGUGGUCCUGAGACAUAUGAAAACCUAAGCUCAGUUUACUACUUGCAGUAAGUGAUCCAGUACUUGGCACCAGCUUAUAACAUUGGGUCACCUUUCACAAAAUUUUGUCUCCUCUAAUUAAAAAAACUAAUAUUUUGGCAACCACCCUUGCAUGUAUGUAUGCAUGCAGUACUCUAACUUUUACUUUUUAAAUCUUCAGUGCCCCACAAACACUUGGCAACACUGACACAGCUGAAAAUGUCUGUUACCCAAUUUUUCUAUAUGUGAUUCCAAUUAUAAUGAUAUAUUACAAUUUUAUUCAAUUAGAUGGCAAAAUGUAUUAUCAUUCUAGACAUUUUAGUUAGAAUUCCAUGUGCUGAUUGCACUUCAACCAGACCUUUCUCUUUAGGGAGAUGUUUUGGCAGUUUACUGUGGGGAGAGGCAAAAUGGACCUCCCCAGUGAAUUAACCUCAGUCAAGUUGCAUUGGCUAAAUUUGUAGUAUAGACUAUGGUCUAAGUAAAAUGUCCCUCACUCCCAAACUAAGGCUAAUGCUGAUGUCAGAUGUUUGGUUCAGAUGGAUUGGGGAGGGCAGAGUGCAGCUUUUCAAAGGUUUUAUCUAGUUAAUAUGGUAAUAGGCUGCUUGGAAUUCAUGGUACUGUAUAAUUCUGGGAAUCAGGAAAAUUAUCAAACUCAUUGAGUGAAGGUGAUUAAAUAUAUUAAAUAUUUGGCUGUUCACAUUUAAAUCCCAUCCCUUCUGAUGACAUUUUUAUAUAUGUGCUGCAAAUUUAAAGAAAUGCUGACAAUGGUCAGCAGUAACUUUUGACUCUGAACCAAUGCUCUUUGAACAUAUUUUGCCGGUCAGCUUGUAGUGAUGCAAGUUCACAAUGUCACAUUUUGAUUCACAUAGUUGAUAAAUUGAAAGACUUGGCAAAAAAAAAUUCUUUUUUUAAGCAGUGCUAUUUCAGAUUAAGUUCUGGUCCUCCAGUGUCUUGGUGAAAUUAUCUGAUGAGUAGCUGGGCCACAUAGACUAUAAAGGUCCAAGAUUCAGUUGCUGGACAUAAGAUAGCUGAUCUCAGCCGGGACAGUAGUAGGUCUUAGCUCCCUUAUGCUGAGGGGAAUUUAAAACCGGAUUUCUGCUUGAAACUGUUACCUGACGACUCCUGCUGAAAGUAUGCAUUAAUUAAAUGUUAGGUGACAUCUGGGUUCUGUAUGGUACCAGCUACAGUUAAACAGCCAGCCACUUCAUUGUCAAAAUUCAUACAUGAAUAAUGGGCACUUGAGCGAUGCACUGGAGGGCAAUUAACAUCCAUGGAACCAUACUGCAGCAAGAAAUCAAUGGCUUUAGGGGGACAAAAUUGGGUGAGGAUAAUUAUUAGCUAACUAUAAAAUUACUGCAGUUUGUGCUGGGCACUGAUGAUUGUACAAGUGGCAUAUAUGCAUAAAAGGGCAUUUUGGUGAGUAAUUUCCACUUUCCUUCCUGCAAAACCUAAUCCUUAAUAUUAAUGGGGUGAUAAAAUUUGAAUACCUUACUUUCAGGUUGCAGUUUUCGUUAAGUACUGAGGCAUUCUCCCCCUAAACAGGGAGUGUUAUUGCUUGUAAAAUGCAUUAUGUACAUGCAGUAAUUGAGUGUGUGGAUCAUGAAUUCUCAGUUUGAAACAUGUCCAAUCUCUUUAGUGCACUGGGAUAAGCAACUGCAGGAAAGAAAAAAUAUGCAUAGGUGGAGUGAAGAAGGCAAAAGGGAUGCACACCACUUUUGCUGGUCCCAGUAUUUGGUAUCGUUGCUGGAUGAGAACUUGGAAAACCAUUUAAGUACUGAUUCAGUUCUUCAAUGCCAACCAAAUACCAAAUGUGGAGAAAUCAAUGUCUAGUUCUGGAUCUAAUCACAAUGAUCUGGGAAGAAGUCCUGAAUAAAUAUUUUAAUAAAAAGCAAAAUUAAUCUUGAUUAUGUGACCAGAUUAUUGUGAUUUAAUACAGAGUAAGUUAAUAUAAAAAAACAAAUUGCAUGCUCUAUGAAAACCCAGAAAUGGCAUGCACCAUGUAUCUGCACACAGUUUCACUUCAUUAAAUAAAGAUGUGUAUAUGGAUCUUGUAACACUGCCUGGUAGAGAAAACAUGGGAAAUAUUAGAAGUAUUACUUUUAUUCAAAUGGAAUAAGAAUCAUUUUAUAUGGAACUAGUCAACAAUUUAGAAUUGUGUGACUUAAUAAAAAUUGUUUUAUCGAAAACUGCAAUUUAAUGGUAAUAGAUAUUAAAAUUACGUUUGAAGUCUUCCAUUUCUGUGUCCACAGAAUCUUUAAUUUGUAUUCUUUUUAAAGGGACCUUAGAUCUGCCCUUAGGCCUUUCUUUUGCUCCCUGCAGCAUCAGUGAGUGUAAUUCAACAAUUUUUUCCCCAUAAGAGUAAAAUCCAAGAAAAAGACAACUGAUUGUGACUUGUUUAACUUAAAUACAAGUUAUUGAAAGUUUAACUAGUUAAAAUAUUUCAUGUCCUCAGUAUUUGGAUAUUUGUACUACUCCAGAAACCAUCUUUUUAAAAGUUUUGAAAACUACAAUGAAACUGAGUUUUUUUCCAUUAUAUUGAGAAUAAGAUUUCUUUACUCAUUUUUGCAAAUUUAUUGUACACAAAAUAUUGAAGAAACUUGGACUUGCACGGAUGAUUUUUCAUGUCAAGUUGUGUGUUGAGGUCACCAAUAAAUUGUGAACAUUUGUUACCCUAGUUAUACAUAAGCUGUUGCAUAUUUUACAUAUCAUUGUAAGAUGUUGAAGACUUAGAAGCCUUCCUGUAAUAUACACUAAGUAAAGCCUGGAGUGUUGCGCAAAGUUGAAUUGAUAGGUUUUACUUUAUCUACAAUUAAUAUUUACAAUUUGAAUGUGUGCCACUACAUACCAAGGUUAUGAUGCUGUACAAUUUUUGAAUGGUAGCAGUUUCUACAUAGCAGCCUGAUCAAACUAUUUUGAUGUACUACAUUAUUUUUUGAAUUUUUAUUUUUUAAGUUGCAUAAUUUAUUUUCCAGCAAAAUAAAAGUGCAAUAUAAAACCUC